AAAUGGCGGCACUGCUGUUGCAGGAGCUGGAUUCCUCCGAGCUCUCUAAACUGCCGACAACUCUUCAAAGCAAACUUGAGAAACUUUUAUUGGAUCGGCAAUACGAAAUCGACUCUUUAAAAGCACACCAUGAACAGUUCCGGGUUGACAGCGAGCAACAGUUUUUCGAAAAAGUUGAACAACUUCAGCGGUGCCAGGCGGAGCUCUUGUCGCAGGCUCAAGAACAUCUAAAACUCAAAGAGGAUUUCACUAAACUGGGUGAAGAACUAAAAGGUGUGUCUGAGAAGAACAGGGAAAAUGAGUCUGUCCAGGAGAAGUUGUCAUCAGAGCAGACCUUGCUUUCGAAAGUCAAAGAGGAUUUGGAGGCAGAAAAGCGGGAACUCGUGAGAACCCUGGAAAAGAGAUCUCUGGAAGUAGAAAAUCUAAAUGAUGACUUGAGGCAGCUGAAUGAUAAAUUAGUGGAAGUGAACACCUCCAAGAUGGCUCUGCAGAGGAAGGUGGAUGAACUUGAAGCUUCAGAGGUGAAUAUUAAGUACAAGGAGAAGCGUAUGGAACAAGAGAAGGAGCUCCUGCAUGGCCAGAUGUCUUGGUUUAAAGAGGAGCUGAAGGCAAAGACGGAGGAGCUGCUCUCUCUUUCCAGGGAAAAGGGGAAUGACAUCUUGGAGCUGAAAUGUUUGCUGGAGAAUAAAGAUGAUGAGUUAACCAAACUUCACGAUCAGGUGACCAGUUUGAAAACUUCAAAUGAGCAUCUUCAAAAGCAAAAUGAAGACAUGAUCAACAAACUGAAAGACGCAAAAGAGCAACAGGCCAUCAUGGAGGAGAAGUUUCGCAAUGAGUUGAAUGCCAACAUUAAACUUUCCAAUUUAUACAAGGGGGCAGCAGCAGAUUCUGAAGCAAAAAGUGAGGAGCUGAGUCGGGCCGUGGAGGAGCUGCACAAACUGUUGAAAGAUGCAGGAGAAGCCAACAAGGUUCUUGAGGAAAAGCUGCAGGAGAUUAACGGUGUGUCGGAAAAAUCAGUGAACGAGUUAAAGGAAAGGAUCCAAGGCCUUGAGAAAGAGCUGGACAACGCAAACGAUCUGCUGUCUUCUUCUAAACUCAGAGGACCUGCUGGUGGAGACAUUCUGGCAGAGGAUCAAUUAACAACAAUGUCUGCAACAGCUGCUGCUGUGUCUAAAAUAAAACCCAGCAUGAAACUGACUGAGUUGUACACGGCAUAUCUGGAGAGCCAGGAGCAGCUGCAGUUGGAGCGACUGGAGAACAAGCGUGUCAACAAGUAUCUGGAUGACAUUGUGCAGGAGGUCGAAGCAAAAGCCCCCAUCCUCAAACGGCAGAGGGACGAGCAUGAGCGCAUGCAGAAGUCGGUGACCAGUCUGUCGGCCAAACUGGAGCAGGCUGUUAAGGAAGUUGACCGUCUGCAGAACGAGGCUGAUGAAGCUAAUAAGAAAUCCACUGUCCUGGAAAGAGACAAUCAGAGACUUGAACUCCAGGUGGCUGACCUGGCCAAACAGGUCCAAGUGCUGCUCAUUGAGCUGGAAGAGGCCCGUGGGAACCACGUGCUUCAGGAGGAGGAGGUGAGCUCAGCUGACAUCAGCAGCACAUCAGAGGUGAUCAGCCAACACUUGGUGACGUUCCGCAGUGUGGAGGAGCUCCAGAAGCAGAACCAGAGACUUCUUGUGGCCCUUAGGGACCUAAGCGCGGCCCAAGAGAUAGAAGAGCAGGAAAGCACUGGCAAUAAUCGUGUGGAGCUGGAAAUGAGUUUGGCGAGGGCCCAGGCUGAGUUGGAGUCCCUGAAAGAGCAGCGCAGCCAGCAGAUUAAGAUGGCAGAAUCCAUCGUGAGGCAGAGGGACAUGUACCGCAUGCUGCUGGCCCAGGCUACAGGAGGGGCCUUCCCUCAACAAGGAACAUCAGUGGAGGAGUUUUCUUUGACUUCUACCCCUCGGCGUUCACCGGCAACCACUCCCACCACAGGAACUCCCACUGCACUCGGGGCUAUGAUGGAGUCUGCUGAGGCACUGGAGGCAAAGGCAGCUUUGCGACAGUUGCAGGAAGUGUUCUCAGCCUAUAAGAAGGAGCGGCUGGAGAGCGAUAAGAUGAUGAACGAACAGAACGAGAAGCUCCAAGAGCAGCUCUCUGACCUCCGCUCUCAAAAUGCCAAAAUAUCAACUCAGCUAGAGUUUGCAUCAAAAAGGUAUGAGAUGCUGCAGGAUAAUGUGGAGGGCUACAGGAAAGAGAUUGCUUCCCUUCGGGAGAAAGAACAGAAGAUGGCUGCUUCCUCACAGAAACUAGAGCAGACUGUCCACACGUUGAGAGAGGAUCUGAAGGCUGUGAACGAGGAACUCUCCAUGACUAAGGGUCAGGUUGAGAACCUGCGCAAGGAGAGAGACAUGCUGAAGCUGGUGGAAUCCAGGCUGACCCAGGAGAAGGAGGCGACCAUGAGCCAGCAGCAGAGUCAGAACCUGCUGCUGAAUAAUCUUCAGGCCAUACAAGCCACGCUGGAGCGGUCCGAAGCCGAUGCACGUCAGCGUCUGAACAGCCAGAUUGAAAAACAAGAGCAGCAGAUCUCCCAGCUUCAGAAGAGGCUUGAGCAGGAAGUGGAACAGCGCCAUCUAAACAACAGGAACCAAGAGAUCCAGCUGCUAGAUGUCAAGAGGCAGUUAGAAACUCAAGUAGCCCUUCAUCAGAAAACAAAGGACCUGCUGAAUGCUGCUGAGCUGGAGCUCAACACUCUGAAGAUGCAGCAAGGCCAUCCUGAAGCACGUCUUACCCUGAGCUCUCCGUCCACACCCAUCAGAGGCCUGCAGGGUUCGGAUCAAGAAAGGGAGGAGCUCAAAGGCCGCCUGCAGCUGGCCGAAACCCGAGCGGAGGAGCUGGCAGAGAGCCUCAGGGCUGCCACCUCCAGCAUGGAGCAGUACAGAGCCAUGGCCCAGAGCUUAGAGCAGUCCCUGGAGACGGAGAAACAGGUAACAGAGCAGGCCCGACUGUCAGUUGAAGCUUGUUUUAAGGAGGCAGAGGAGCAGCGGCGGACGCUGGAGGAGAAGCUCCUGGAAGCAGAAAAGCAAAAGGAGGCUUUAGAGGAGCAGAAGAGAAAAGACCUCUCAUCUUUGGAGGAGCAGAUGAAUGAUGUGAAGAGAAGUCUCAGCAGUGCCCAGGCAGAUCAUGAGGCAGUGCUCCAGGAGCUGGCUGUAGCUAAAACCCAGUUGCAGCAGACUCUUCAGGACAGCCAGGAGCAGGCUAAGCUGGCAGCUGAAGCUCAAGAUAAAUAUGAGCGGGAGAUGAUUCUGCAUGCAGCUGACGUUGAGGCGCUGCAGGCAGCCAAAGCUCAGGCUCUGCAGGCUGCAGAGCUCAGACACCAGCUGGAAGAGAGAAACCAGCGGGUCAGCUCUGAGAUGCUGGAGGCCAGAGUCUCCUGGGAGGUGCAGGAGAAGAUCAUUAAGGAGGAAAUGUCUAAGAUGGAAAGUCGUUAUGAGGAGUUGCAGAGGCAGAACACCCUCCUGCAUGAGCAGGUCCAGACCAUGAGCACCAAGAUGGCUGCCAAUAUUCAGCGAGCCGCCAAUGAGAGCUCGCUGAAUGUUUCUUUGACUGAAGAGGGGAAAUCUGAAGACCAGCUGCUUGAGAUUCUCAGAUUUGUGCGUCGGGAAAAGGAGAUUGCUGAAUCCCGGUUUGAGGUGGCCCAAGGCGAGAGUUUACGUCACCGUUUGAGGGUUGAACACUUGGAGCAAGAGCUUAAGGAGGUGCAGGACAGUUUGUCUGCUGCAAGAGAGCGAAUGCAGGUGACUGCAAAGACUCUGGCUCAGCACGAUGAGCUCAUGAAGAAGACUGAAACGAUGAAUAUCUUAAUGGAUACCAACAAGAUGCUGAGAGAAGAGAAAGAGAAAAUGACUCAAGAGCUGCAGGAACUACAAGCUAAGGUACAGAAGCUUGAGUCGGACAUCUUUCCUCUGCAGCAAAGUAACUCUGAGCUGAGUGAGAAAAACGGCAUGCUGCAGGCGGAGAAGACGAUCCUGGAGGAGGAAAUCAAGCGCUGGAAGGCUCGGACUCAGAAUUUACUGAUUCAGCAGAAAGAUUCAGAUCCUGACGAGUACAAACGGCUGCAUACUGAGAAAGAGACUCACCUGAAACGCAUCCAGCAGCUCACUGAGGAAAACACUAGACUCAAAGCUGAGCUCAACAAGAUGAAUAACCUGACAACCACGCUGCAGGGACAAAUACAGAACAUGCGCGACACUAUGAACAAGACGAACGAUGAAAGGAACAACCUGAAGAAGGAACUAGAGACUAAGAACCAGGAGAUCCAAGAGAAGGCCAGAACCAUCACCCAGGUGAAGAAAAUCGGACGUCGCUAUAAGACACAAUAUGAUGACCUCAAGGUGCAGCAUGAGAAGCUUGUUAAUGAGGCUGCAGCAGGUCCAUCCCAAGACGAGGAGGCACGGCAAGCUUCGGCUCAGGAGCUGCAGAGCGUCAAAGAUGCCUUGAAUCAGGCUGAAACCAGAACCAAGGAGCUGGAGGGACAGCUGGAGAACAUCAACAAGGUGGUCGCAGAGCGGGAAACUGAGUUGCGUAACGUCCAAGAACAGUCCUCCAGACUGCAGACGGAGCUGAAUCGGCUGAGACAGGAGCUGCAGGAAAAGGCUUCUCAGGAGGAAGGUCUGAGAAAGCAGAUGGCCGAGAAGGACGAGAAAACCAGAAAGGCCCUCCUGAUGGCCAGACAGAAGAUCAGCCGUGUCACAGAGCUACAUAGAGAGAACGAGGAGCUGAAGCAGCAGCGUGAGGAGCUGGAGGUCCGAGUGAGCGCUCUCAAGUCUCAGUAUGAAGGCCGACUUAGCAGACAAGAGAGGGAGCUCAGAGAUCUGCGGGGUCAGCAGGAGAGGCAGGAGCAGAGAGACGAGCCAGCAGAGGCGGGUCCAAGCAAGAUUCAAGAGCAACAAAGGACGACGGAACAAAGGCAGAUCAGCCUGAAGACGACUCCAGCUGCAGAGAGGGGCAGUGCAAGCGCCUCUGAGCCUCCAACUGCCAACAUCAAGCCCACCCCUGUGGUGGCCACAGCCAGCAAACAGCCUGUGAACCCAGGCAACAAGCCCACUCCGCGAGCUAGCAUCAGACCUAUGAUUACCCCUGCCCCUGUGCCCACUCCAACACCCACCGCUACAGUCAUGCCAACCACACAGGUGGAGACCCAGGAGGCCAUGCAGUCUACAGAAGCGCCACCAGUGGAGCAUGUGACUGUGUACGGAAGUGCCAGCGGCUCCGUACGCUCCGCCAGCCCCAACGUCCAGACCACUUUGGCCAGCUCCAUGCUGACCGUUCAGCAGACUCCAGCACAAGCCACCGCCUUUGUUCAGCCAACACAGCAGCAGAGCGUGACCCACCCAGAACCCGACAACCGGGAGCCUUCACCUGUAGCAGUCGAGGCCACGCCGAGUUCUCAGGUGGAAUGGCCUUCAACAUCCUCCUCCUCAUCCUCCUCUGUGUUUGGCACAGUUUCAGCAACACCUGGGUCCUCCGCCAUGUCCAAGAGGCCAAGAGAGGAAGAGGAGAACAGUGCCGCGUUCACGGAGGUGGAGCCCACCCAAGAGGACACAUCCAGGGCUCCAAUACCGAAAAAGCUGCGCAUCAUCCAGAGAGUGGGGCCAGAGGAGGAAGUGAUGGUUGAAGAGAGCGCCGAGGCUGAGGGGGUGGUGCCAUCAGACAGCCAAGAUGGAGCAGAGAUGGAGUUUUCACACCUUGAGGAAGCGGAGGAAGAAGCAGCCUCUCAGUCGGUCCCAGCAGAGCCAGGGACCACCUCGAGCCAAAGUGAAACACCCGAUCAGCUGCAGCAGGAGGUCAUCGUCAUACUGACUGACUCUGAAAGUGAAGGAGAAGAGGAGGAGGACGAGGAGGAAGAGGAAGAGGGAGAGGAGCAGGAUUAUGCAGAGGAGGAGGAAGACGAGGAAGAGGAGGAUGAUGAGGAGGACGAUGAAGAAGAUGAGGAGGAGGAAGAAGAUGGAGGGAUGGAGGAGGAAGGAGACGAGAGUAAUGAAGGAAGCGGGGAUGGCAAUGAGGCUUAUGAGGGAGACGAUACAGAGGGAGCUGAUGUCACAGACCCGGGCACCGAGACAGAAGAGAGUUUGGGGGGUUCCGACUCCACCCAGAGGCCCGCAGAUUCCCAGACACCGAGCUUUGAGGGGAGCCAAAUUGAGGCUUUUCCAACAGAGCAGCCAAUCACAAGCUCUGGUACACGUAUGCCUCCGUCGCCACGGAGACCAGUGCAGCAGCUUCCGGCCCGACUCAACAUCCAUCCCUCUCAGUCCUCAGAACUGGGACCGCCUGCUCAGGUUCAUCGUGUUCCUGUCCGUCGCCAGUCAGUGGGCCGACUCCCUGGCACACAGAGCAGUGCUCAGCAUUUCUUCGAAGACGAUGACAGGACAGUUCCCAGCGCUCCUACUCUGGUGCCUCCUCGCUCAGAAGGGUUUGACCAGGCUAUCCAUUCUCCCCAGGUGGCUGGAGUCCCCCGCUUCAGGUUCGGUCUGUCAGAAGAAGUGCCUCAGACCAGCUCCUCCUCACACUCUGACCUCGGGCAGCUCGCCUCACAAGGAGGUCUUGGGAUGUAUGAGAGUCCUCUGUUCUUGGCCCCUCAUGAGGAAGAGUCAGGUGGCCGCAGCGUUCCCACCACACCGCUGCAGGCUGCAGCAGCAGACGCUGUGCAGUCUGACACAACGGAGCAUGCCUCGCAGUCGGUUCCCAUGGUGAGCACAUCCACGCCGGGCCUGGUGCUGCCAGGAACGUCCGGAUCUGUGGACGAAAGAGAAGCGUUCCUGGAGCCAGACACUGAAAGGCCCGUUGCUGAAGCGUCUGUGGAACCCGUGGUGUCCCAAGGAGAAGCGGAGGAGCCGAGCCAGCCGUCUGACAGAGCCAACCUUCCCUCCACCAGCCAGGAACCCUCCUCCAGCUCUGCAGAUACAAGCUGCGCCGCACCUAAACCCUCUCGUCUUGGAGCCACCAGACAGCUGCAGCGCUGGCAAGACAGCCGCGGCGGUCGGAUGAAGAGAGGAGGUCAAGCCUUCCCUUCCCGCGGCGUUCAUGGGAGACGAUUUCUGAGAUGAAGACUGAUCCUUGGUUUCCAGGAUCAGAAACGACUUCCAGAUCCGCAUUCAGUCCUGUUCAUGCAUUCAUUCCUGUUUCUUCCCCUUAGAUUGUGUUGAUUUCAAUGUGUUGAAAUCUUUUUUUUUUUUUAUCCAUGUUGAUGCCG